UUCAGGAGCGGUUGUGCGAUCAGAUCGAUCUAAGAUGGCGACUGUGGAACCGGAAACCACCCCUACUCCUAAUCCCCCACCUACAGAAGAAGAGAAAACAGAAUCUAAUCAGGAGGUUGCUAACCCAGAACACUAUAUUAAACAUCCUUUACAGAACAGAUGGGCACUCUGGUUUUUUAAAAAUGAUAAAAGCAAAACUUGGCAAGCAAACCUUCGGCUGAUCUCUAAGUUUGAUACUGUUGAAGACUUUUGGGCUCUGUACAACCAUAUCCAGUUGUCUAGUAAUUUAAUGCCUGGCUGUGACUACUCACUUUUUAAGGAUGGUAUUGAGCCUAUGUGGGAAGAUGAGAAAAACAAACGAGGAGGACGAUGGCUAAUUACAUUGAACAAACAGCAGAGACGAAGUGACCUCGAUCGCUUUUGGCUAGAGACACUGCUGUGCCUUAUUGGAGAAUCUUUUGAUGACUACAGUGAUGAUGUAUGUGGAGCUGUGGUUAAUGUUAGAGCUAAAGGUGAUAAAAUAGCAAUAUGGACUACUGAAUGUGAAAACAGAGAAGCUGUUACACAUAUAGGGAGGGUAUACAAGGAAAGGUUAGGACUUCCUCCAAAGAUAGUGAUUGGUUAUCAGUCCCAUGCAGACACAGCUACUAAGAGCGGCUCCACCACUAAAAAUAGGUUUGUUGUUUAAGAAGACACCUUCUGAGUAUUCUCAUAGGAGACUGCGUCAAGCAAUCGAGAUUUGGGAGCUGAACCAAAGCCUCUUCAAAAGCAGAGUGGACUGCAUUUAAAUUUGAUUUCCAUCUAAAUGUUGCUAAGAUAUAAGAGAAGUCUCAUUCGCCUUUGUCUUGUACUUCUGUGUUCAUUUUUUUUUUUUUUUUUUAAUUUUGGCUAGAGUGUCCACUAUCCCAAUCAAAGAAUUACAGUACACAUCGUCCCCAGAAUCCAUAAAUGUGUUCCUGGCCCAUUCUGUAAUAGCUUAAAAGAAUUAACGAUUACACACACAUUUGACCCAUCUACAAUAUUUAAAGAAAAGAAUUUGCAUUUCUAUACCUUACAAGAGAACGAUUCUGUUUAUGUUCCAUUGUAUGCAGGAGCAUAUUUUGCUGGUUUGAAAGAGUAUGAUGCAUACAGUUUUCUAACAAUUUUCUUUGUUUCUUUUUACAGCAUUGUCUGUGCUGUACUCUUGCUGAUGGCUGCUAGAUUUUAAUUUAUUUGUUUCCCUACUUGAUAACAUUAGUGAUUCUGAUUUCAGUUUUUCAUUUGUUUUGCUUUUGUUUUUCUCCUCAUGUAACAUUGGUGAAGGAUCCAGGAAUAUGACACAAAGGUGGAAUAAACAUUAAUUUUGUGCAUUCUUUGGUAAUUUUUUUGUUUUUUUGUAACUACAAAGCUUUGCUACAAAUUUAUGCAUUUCAUUCAAAUCAGUGAUCUAUGUUUGUGUGAUUUCCUAAACAUAAUUGUGGAUUAUAAAAAAUGUAACAUCAUAAUUACAUUCCUAAUUAGAAUUAGUAUGUCUGUUUUUGUAUCUUUAUGCUGUAUUUUAACACUUUGUUAUACUUAGGUUAUUUUGCUUUGGUUAAAAAAUGGCUCAAGUAGAAAAGCGGUCCCAUUCAUAUUAAGACAGUGUACAAAACUGUAAAUAAAAUGUGUACAGUGAAUUGUCUUUUAGACAA